ACGCCUAAAUAGCCUGUCAGUCACGGUAGCUGUUUAGUUUGAGGAAAUACCCAUAAGAUAACAUUGAUAUAGGGGAUCAACUUUAGCUGAUUUAAUACACUAUCGUCAUUAGCUGCUAAACUAAUGGCUAUUGCCUGUGGGAAGCUGGGACGCGGUUACGACUCAGCCUGUUCGUUCUCUAUAUUUGAUGCAGUGGUCCAAGGAGAUCCAGAGAUUUUUUUUUUGUUGUGAUCAUUUGACGUUGUUAUAGAUUUUCUGCCCAUGAGAUGUGAUGCCUGUGAGCAAAUUUUCUGCAAAGACCACAUAACUUAUGUCAGUCACAAGUGUACUUCUUCAUAUAAAAAGGAUGUCCAGGUACCUGUGUGUCCUCUGUGCAACAUCCCCAUUCCAGUGAAAAGAGGAGAAAUGCCAGAUAUCAAAGUUGGGGAGCACAUAGACCGCGACUGCAAGGCAGAUCCUGCACAGAGGAAAAGAAAAAUUUUUACAAAUAAGUGUUCAAAGGGAGGCUGUAAGCAGAAGGAGAUGAUUCGAGUGACAUGCGACCAGUGCCACUUGAACUACUGUCUUAAGCACAGGAAUCCAUUGGAUCAUGAUUGUAAGACUGAUGGCAAGCCAGUCUCCAAGUCUGGACAUGCUGCUUUAAUGAGAGCUCAGGGUUCUUCCAGUAAUAACAUUGCAGGCUCAACAAGUAGAGUGAGCUCCAGACAGGUGCCCAAUGGGGCGAGCGGGAAUGCUCACGCUCAGGGCAGUAGUGCACAAAGGACCUCGGCCCCUCCCCCACGUCCCCCUCCAGCACAGAACAUCGUACCUCCAUCAGCUUCCUAUCAAGCUGGAUUGACUGAGGAGCAGGCUCUUCAGAGGGCGUUGGAAAUGUCUCUGGCUGAAUCAGCACAGAUCGUCCCGCCCACUGUCAGUCCUCAGGAGCAGGAGGAUCUGGCACUGGCUCAGGCCCUCGCUGCUAGUGAGGAGGAGUAUCGGAGACAGCAGCGGAGACAACAGGUGGUGGAUUCCAAGCAGUCUAACUGCUGUUUGUCUUAAUGUCAGAUCAUCCUGAUUUACUGGAAUCUGCCUGAAACAAGCCGCACACAAGAACCCGUCUCUGAAAUGUAAACUGAAGUCCUCAGUUCAGCGCACACACUUAUGUAUUUCUGACUGAACACAGCGAAAUUUAUUUAGGUCCAAACUUUUGUGUGCUUCAGAGAGACUGGCAAAUGCUCUUUUUUCAGUGGGUUCUUUGUGUGAAUAUUUUAUAUAGUAAUCAUGUUAAUCCUUUCAUUGUAGAUGUUUCUCAAAAUAAAUUAUUUUAAUCAAUGCCUGUUAUGUCUGCUGGUAUGUUUUAAGGUUUUUAUCCCUGGUGUUGGAAUAGGGUUAUGCUAAGACAGUCCCUUUUUAUAUGUUCAAAUUUUACACAAUAGUGUUUCACCAAAGUUCCACCAAAUUCAGGUUUUUCUGUAUCUGUAACAAUAUAUGAAGAAUGUUUUUUUAUAAAUUCAAAACACUGUAUGUAUUCUGUCCUGACAGAAGUGCAAUCUUUCAUGUGCAAAGGUGAGCUUUUGUCAGUAUUGGCAUCACUCUUAUGUUGAAUUGAAAAUUUAUGAGGGAGUGUGUCUUGUUUUCAAAACCAGAAAUCGCACACAAUGUAUUUGUUUUUUGAGGCAAUUGAGUCAAAUGUGACCACUAGAGGACAGUCUUGUUUCAUGUGAAAAUACUGUGAAUAUACACACAGCCUAAACAAUUCAACAGAUUUUGUGCAUUUUUGAAAUAGUCCACUGUUAACCAAGCCUCCAAAAACUUGAAUAGUAAUACUUUUUAGUGAACAGGUAAAUAGAUAUAAUUUGCCUUUUACAACUUUGCAAUUAAAGCCUACUACAUCUGGCUUCAGAAACUGACUUUUAAGUCCAUAAUCUGCUUGAUUUUGCCAUGUAGUGAGGAGCUGCAUUGUUUUGCCCCAGUUCGUGGCCUUAUUCUAGCUCACCAAAACUGUAAAUGAGUUAAAAGACCCUUAGCAUCCUGGGCAGUUUCUUAGAUGAAUGUAGUCCGGUAUUUAGAAAGCUAACAUUAUCGGUUUUUAUUUAAAUGUUGCAACUGUGAUGCCAGCUUCUCACACCUGCAACAUUCAAAAUGUUAAUUUUCAAAAAGGGAAUGCACCUGCAUUGACAUACAUUGCUGAUGAUGUGCCCAUUAACAAGGAUAUAUCUCAUUAAUUGCUGUGUUUGUCUUUUCUGUUGAACAUCAACUGAAGUUAGGCUGGGGACAAUGUGGCCUCGGUUAAA